AUGGCCAGCUGGGUGUUGUGUAAUCGCUGUUUCCAGCCUCCCUCGCGGACAGCGCGCUUUAGCCUGACCAGCUGCGGCCACGUGUACUGCGACGGCUGCCUGAGCAGAGGUAAAAAGGAUGAAUGCUUGAUUUGUAAAGUUCCUUGUCGUACAGUUUUACUUUCAAAACAUACGGACCCGGGCCUCCAGGCGCUCUUCCUGGGCAUAGACAGCCUGUGCGAGAAGUACUCCAGGGAGACCGCCCAGAUUUCAGAAUUUCAAGACAGACACAGGAGGAGACUGCUGGCCUUCUACAGAGAGAAGGCUGCCAGGCUGGAGGAGUCGCUCCGGAAGUGUAUGCUGCGGGGGCAGCAGCUGCAAAGCAUGAGAUCGUCUCAACACACAGCUUUCAGCACGAUAAGAAAUCCAAUUCCGACUCCUGCUCCAGCGCCCCGCGGACCGCCGCUCCUGCCCUCCGAUGGCUCUGCCGCUGAAAGAGUGGAGCCCAUGGAGGUCGACCUCACGCCCACCCCCCUGAGAAGGCCCGAGCUGGCGGCCGGCCCGCCCAGGAUCUCCCUCAUCAGUCCCCCUCAGGACGGGCGCAUGGGUAAGUCGGUCCCUGCAGCCGGGCCCCUGGAGAAAGGUCCCGUCACCUCUGUCACGACUACCCGAGGGUCGUCUUUCAGCCGUCACUUUCCCCACUGA